AUGCACUGUGGCGUUUAUACUAAUCAGAUUCCACAGCCCAGCUUCGUUUCUGGGGAAUCUCACGAGUUAGAAGGCGACUCAAGCAUUUCUAUUGCUGUGUCCUGGAGCACACUAGACCAUCAAACAUCACUAGCCAUGCGUCCUAGCACCUCCAAACUUCCACCGACCGGACAACCUCUCCCCGUCGGCACCGCCACCCGACUAACCACUGGCCUCCGCCAGCGUCUCACUACUGCAGCCGCUGCCGGCUCCUCCUCCGGUACCUCCGCCCUUAACACUGAACUGAGCAUCGAAGACCGGCCGAUCACUGCGCAGGGCCUUAAAACUGCCCCAAAAGGGCCUCAACGCUGGCGCCGACAGGUGGAGGAUCGGGCCUACUUUAUUGGAGUGCUUCGAGGCCACAUAAACGCGAUCACCGGCGAGUUGAACAUCAUUGUCGCGCAGCAUGAAGAAGCGGAGAAGGAAGCGCAGAGCUUUGUACAGUACGAGAAGAUGGCAGAGGCAUUGGCAGCCGAGUUGAGGGCACUUCAGGGUGAAUUAGGCGAUUACAACACACUGGUCGACAAGGCAACUCUGGGUCACGACAUCUCCACAAUCGAACUGGACUGGGAAGAUGUGAAGGCCGCUAAUGAGAGAGCAGAAAUGACGCUCGAGCGAUUUUUCGAGGAGCGCAAGAAAAAGGAGGCUCAAUUGAAAGCGUUGGAAUUGGAAAUUGAGCAGGAAAAGAAGAUCGCCGAGAGCGUUGUGGAGGAGAUGAAUGACGAACAGAAGGCAGCCUAUCUGAAAUUACGCGAUUUUAACGACCACCUUCUUCAACAACUGACCAUCGGACAGAACAAAAUCGCUCAAAUGUCCGCGCGUCGAAGUGAACUGGAGACUGAUAUCUCCACUUCUAAGAUCAAGCAAGAGGCAAUGCGCAUAUUGGGCCAACUGCGGGAGGUAGAGGCUAAGAGGGACCAACUGCAAGCUGAAGAGGCCAACAAGGAGGAUCCUCAGGCUGAACGGGAGCGUCUACUGGCCAAGGUAAAGGAGGACAAUCGGGAGACGGCGAAUAUGGACAGAGAAAUCCGCGAACUCAAUGAAAUGAUUUGUUCCGAUGAGUCCACUCUGCACCAACUCACCACCCAACUGAAAGACGACAGUUCCAACGAGCGUACACAGAAGAUUUGGGAGCUCCAACGACGCGAGGCUCAAAUUGAAGCCUUCCUCACCUCCUAUGAGACCGCGCGAGCCGAGGAGGUCGAAGGAUUGGCUUCAACCGAGGAUCAGAUUGUUCGCGCACUGGAGCGCUGCGCACAGUACGUGGUGAGUACAGAGCAGACAAUGGAAAUGAGGAGCAGUGGUGGUGGGAAUGGUGUGGAGGCAGUUGCGGAUCAAUUGAAGUUCAAGACACGGGAGAUGAGCAAGUCGGCAAACACGGCAGAGGCUUUGGAUGCCGAGAGAACGAGAUUGCAGAGAGAUUUGCAGAAGAUUGAUCAGUUGGAGGGGAAGAUUACUCAGGAGUUGCAGACGCUGAAGAAGAAUAUCGCCUCAAUGGAGGCCGAUUUGAAGAAGUUCAAUGACCUCACCUCAGUUGGCGAAGCCACGGAGGAGAAAAAAGCAUCUUUGAUGCAGGAGCAGGAGCAUCUGCGAGAGACUCGGGAAAAUCUCGCCACCCUCACUACCCAACUGACAGACGCGUGUACAGCUGUUGAGGUGCAGCUGAACGCCCAAGAGACGCAUCUUCAAUUGUGCUCGCUGGAGAAGCGAUUGGUGGCAAGUGAACAGACCCGCCGCGCAUUGGCAGAGAGUGUGGCGAAGAAACGAGCUGCCUGUGAUUUUGCUCCAGCCACUAAGAAGGCACAAGGCCUCCUAAAGGAUUACAAUGAAGCCCUCAAGGCCGCACUCAAGGUCAAACCGGUGGGAAUUUGA